UCCGCCCAGGAGGGCGGGACCUCGAGAAGCCGCGGGCGCCCGUCUGCGGCCCGUGAGCUGCUGUUGCUGCUGCUGCGGCGGCUGCAACCCGCGGUUCCGAGGCUGAGAGGCCGAGGUGUGCCCCUGGCGAACCUGCUGGAUCUGCGCGGCUCAGCUGUACCGGUCCUUGCGGCGGUUAGGAAGUCCCAGCUGGUCUGUGCGCUGCUCUGGUGAGGAUGCGGCUGUUCCAGUGGCUGUUGAAACAGCCGGUGCCGAAGCAGAUCGAGCGCUACUCGCGCUUCUCGCCAUCGCCGCUCUCCAUCAAACAGUUCCUGGACUUUGGGAGAGAUAAUGCAUGUGAGAAAACUUCAUACAUGUUUCUACGAAAGGAACUUCCUGUGCGACUGGCUAACACUAUGAGAGAAGUUAAUCUUCUGCCAGAUAACUUACUGAACCGCCCUUCAGUGGGAUUGGUUCAGAGUUGGUACAUGCAGAGUUUUCUUGAACUUUUAGAAUAUGAAAAUAAGAGCCCUGAAGACCCACAAGUUUUAGAUAACUUUCUACAAGUUCUGAUUAAAGUCAGAAAUAGGCACAAUGAUGUGGUUCCUACAAUGGCUCAAGGAGUGAUUGAAUAUAAGGAGAAGUUUGGGUUUGACCCCUUCAUUAGCAGUAACAUCCAAUAUUUUCUGGAUCGAUUUUAUACCAACCGCAUAUCUUUCCGCAUGCUUAUUAACCAGCACACACUUCUAUUUGGUGGUGACACUAAUCCUGCUCAUCCUAAACAUAUAGGAAGUAUUGAUCCCACCUGUAAUGUGGCUGAUGUGGUGAAAGAUGCAUAUGAAACAGCCAAGAUGCUGUGUGAACAGUAUUACCUGGUAGCUCCAGAGCUGGAAGUUGAAGAAUUCAAUGCCAAAGCACCAGACAAGCCUAUUCAGGUAGUUUAUGUGCCCUCACAUCUGUUUCACAUGCUAUUUGAGUUGUUCAAGAACUCAAUGAGAGCAACAGUUGAACUAUACGAAGAUAGAAAAGAAGGCUACCCAGCUGUUAAAACUCUUGUUACUUUGGGUAAAGAAGACUUGUCCAUUAAGAUAAGUGACCAAGGUGGUGGAGUCCCGCUUAGAAAAAUAGAUCGUCUUUUUAACUACAUGUAUUCAACUGCUCCUAGACCUAGCCUGGAGCCUACAAGAGCUGCCCCUUUGGCUGGAUUUGGUUAUGGUUUGCCAAUUUCUCGCCUGUAUGCUAGAUAUUUUCAGGGAGAUCUAAAACUGUAUUCCAUGGAAGGAGUGGGUACUGAUGCUGUCAUUUAUUUGAAGGCUCUUUCAAGUGAAUCAUUUGAGAGGCUGCCAGUUUUUAAUAAGUCUGCAUGGCGCCAUUACAAGACCAUGCCUGAAGCUGAUGACUGGAGCAAUCCCAGCAGUGAACCCAGAGAUGCAUCAAAAUACAAGGCUAAACAGGACAAGAUCAAGACUAAUAGAACUUUCUAGAGACUGAAUGCUCUGAUCCUCUCUGUGAAGAAAGAUUGUCUUCUCCAAGUCAACCAGAGAAAUUUCUUUCACCAACUCUGAGUGUGGCACCAUAGUUAUUCCCAGUGCUUGAAUGUGUGUUUUCUCCACACCAGCUGGACCUUUUCAUGGAGCCCUUCCUAUAGUUACUUCAACCAGAUCUUCCACUAAAGUAGUAACUUGAGUAAUUUUUCAUGGUAUCUUGCUGUGAUGUGCUUGGUACCUGCCACAAAAGAGCACAGAGCCUCAUUAGAGCCCUCAUGUCCUCAUAUUCUCUAUCUCAAUAUGGUAGAGUCUGAUGUCUAAAGUCUUUGCAGAAUUUUGAGCUCCUUCCCCAUUCCAGACAUAGCAGAUCCUAUUAUUGUUCUUUGUGACCCCAUUUUGUCCCAAACCUCCUGCUUUGGCCUAGGGAAUCUGGAAGUGGAAGAUAUCAGCUGAGAGCACAUUUUGAUAAUUCAGUCCCAGGUCCUUUCCUCUCUCAUAUGCAUCCCUCCUUUCUCUGAUUUAGACUUUGCCUUUUCUAUCUAAUUGUAUUCUCAUUAUGCAGUAUGAUAUUUUUCAUGUUAUUUGAUACAUUGAUUUUAUUUUAAAAUUCAUUUGUAUACUACCAUUCCAUUGAUUAAAGCAUUCCAAAAGUUGUGUUGGAAUUUUUCACUUAACAGCUUGGUUUCAAAGAUCUUAAGUGAAAAAACCGCCUUCUGGCCAAUAUCAAGCUUCUAAUGAGUGGAAAGUGGAAUUUUGUGCUCUGUGAAAGUAUUGCCAAUUUGAUACUGUACCUUUAUCAUAUUCCUUUGUUGUCUUCUAAGGAAUUGGAAGUUUGUGUAUAAUGCACUUAUCCAUAGGGAAAAGUUCUUUCUAGUUUAUUUUUUUAAAUCCUAUAGAUCUUCAUAAUUUUCAUUGUCACUAAUUUUAAUUUUAGAAUUAUAAGCUCAAUCUGAUUUUCAAAAUCAUUAUUUUUUGCUAGAAGUUGGAAGUGGAAAUUAGUAGAGGACUUGGGAUAAGGAAAGAGGAAUGGGGUUAUAUUUAACCUUAGUAAUAGAAGUUAUCUGAGAGUUCAGAUUAAAACCAGCAUUUUACACAAAUCUAUAAGAUGUUUCUCUUCACUAUAAUUUUUUAUAUAGAUAUCAUGUCUGAUUUCUGCCCUCUUUUAUUGUCUAUAUAAAUGUUUCGGUCCAAUUUUUAAGUAUCAAAUCCACUGAUUUAGAAGUUUUAACUUUGAAGUAUUCCUCCUCCUCUAGUCAUAUGAGGAGUUGUCCCCACUGCCACCACAGUGGGGGAUUUUUCCCUGAGUAGAGUUGUGCUCUUGCCAGCUCCAUGUGGCUCGAUUGCAUCUCUGCCUCUCUUAGUUCCAGUGAAUCUGAUUUGCAUUUAUUUUAUUAUACUGUCUGAGUUCAUGGCACUUCCUUCAUCUUUAGAAAUAUCUCUUCUCUUCCAUGCUUAGAAGGAUCUCAUUAGAGAAGUCAUAUAUAAUCAUUCAGGUAAAAGAAAUACCAGUGAUCUUGGCCAGAGAUCUGGGUCAGUGUCUUGGGAGUGGGGCUAUUCCAUGCAAUUAUUUUCUUGUCCUUUUAAAAAAAACAUAGCUUCCUUAUAGAUAUUAAAUAGUAUAUCAGUACCUUACUAGGCCUUAAUUUCCAACCAUUUUUCUUUACACUUUCAAGUAUGUUAUCCUGUAGUAGAAAGGAGGCAACAGAUUUGGGUUGUGUUACUCCCUUGUUCAGGCAGAGUUUUUAUUGCUUGAGGAAUGUCCAUUGAUUGCUAUGUCUUUAUGACAACCACCACGUAAGAGAUGGAUAUGGAAAAUAUCAUAUAGAAAAAAAUGUAUUACAUUCCUUACACAUCUUUUUCAAAAGUAAAAAAUUUAUUUUGACGUUUUUAAGGAUUUAAUGAUUAGUUUUUUACUAAAUAUACUUUGGGGAUUACUCAUAUCCAUCUGAUGCCUGUAAAAUCUGGGCUUCUCCUAUCUUCAUUUUCUUCAUUAAUAACUUAAAUUUAUACCUUAACAACCACAAGAACUGUUUAAGGAAUAUCUUAUAUACUUACAGUUUGUCAGCCCCUUUACCAAAGUAUUUAUUUAUUCUUUUGUUAGUAUAAGCAGAUGGUCAGAUUUCUACAUAUAGGUUGUAAUAUAAAUAGACAUUGACCCCUUGUCCGCUGAAUUCUUCCCCAUUCCUCUGAAAUGCCUUCUCAUUUAUUCUAUUUUAAGUAUUUGGGGACCAUGUCUACUAUUUGAAAUGGUUCCUGGCCAUAGUAGGUACUUAAUAAACAUUCAUUGAAUCAAACAAUGAAACUGACAGCCAUUUACCUUUGUUGGUGGGGCAAUAUUUUUCUAAGUUCUUAAAUUAUCCUUGUCUCCACAUUAAUAACAAUUCAGGUCAGGAGAUGUGGAAGUACUGAAUUUCCUUUCUAUAGUGCUAAGAAGUGAUUUAAAAUAUAGAGGAAUGGCAGUAAGUCAAGGUGGAUCCACAGGAGUCAUCUGAUUCUUUCUUUGUCUCUGAAUAUAUAAUUUUGGCUCUAUAAUACAGGGGUUCUUUUCCUCCAAACAGUGACAUGGUUUUACAGCCUUGAUUCCAAAGAACUUUCACAUUCAGCAGCUGGUUUGAUCUUUACGAUGCCAUGCGGUGGACCACACAGGACUAUCUCUACUUUUCAUAUGAAUCCCAAAGUAGUUAAAUGGUUUGCCAAUGUGGCUUGGUAACUGAAUAGAAGAACCUAAGUGAGUAGUUGGGUCUUCUUGUUCCUGGAUUAGUGCUCUGAACAAUAUAUCAGGUAAUUAGCAUUAUCCCUUUUGAGGAAUUUCUUGGCUAUAUUAAUCCUCAAGGGUAAGCUCUAAACCAAAAAUUUUCUAUAAUACAAGGUAAUUCCACUCAGGAGAGGCUUUCUUUUGUGUGUGUUUUCAUUUUGGCAUAGUUAGUUAAAGGAGAUAAUCAAAUGGACUUGGCAGCUUUUACCUAGAAAGACAGGCAACCUAAAGUGUAUAGCUAUAGGUAAUUACUAGAGUUAUUUGAACUUAAUUCUAUUUUUGAAUGAAAUCAGUGCUCACUGCCAGCCCUUUUAUAAAAAGACUCCACAUUUGAGAGGUGAUGCUUUUAUCUUUUGGUAUGCCUGGAUUAUAGCUUCAGUUAGAUUCUCUCACAUAUUUAUAAAUAAAUAUGUUGCUAUAACUUAUAAACAAUAACUUGGAUAGCUAUCAGAUUUUGUGGAUCACAUCCUUUCCCCCUGAUAUUUUUGGGAUCAUUACUUGUUGUCUCUAGCUGAUGGUGCUAAGGGGUCCUAAGUCCAGAUAGAUUUUUCUUCCCCUUUUGUAGAUGGUCUGCUUGCUUGCCCUGGAAACAUGUGAUUCUUUGUUUAGUCCUUAAAAUUCAGUAGGUUCAUUUGAAUAUACCUCAGAAUUGAUAGUUGUCCUUUGGCUUUUUCUGGUACAUAGUGAGCAUUAUAUAUUGACAUUUCAGGCCUUACUGCAUUUUGUAUUGGUUUAUUCUAUUCUCUUUGAGAAUUUGUUGUUCUCUUGGCUCUCUAUUAUCUGUCCUUCAUAUUUAUCUUUCUUUCAGUGGGUUUUACCUCCUGGUCUUCCUUCAUACUGUGAUUUUGUUUUUCAGAAGCCUUAUUCUCCAUUUCACUGACUCAGCUUUCUCUCCUGUUGAUUUUGGGCCUUGUUAUUUAUAAUGUGGCUUUCAUUUCUGUUAAGUUUAAUUUUUUUAUGUUUCUUCCCCUGGGUCAUAAUAUUGUCCUCUUUUAUUUCUUAUUUCAUUUCUUGGAUGAACCAUUUUGUCUAUAUUUAUCAUGGUUUCUGAAAUCAUUCUUUAGAGUGUAUUUAUGUGCCUUUUGCUUUAUCUGUUAGACACUCUCCUGGAGUCUGUGGUAUGGGGUUGUGGCCUUUAUUAGUUUCAUUAUAGACAGCUUUUUGCUCAAUUUUUGGAUGUGUGUGUUGGAGAGCAGGAGCACUUAUAUAAACAUGCAUUUAUUCUGCCAUCCUUCCCAGUGGUCCAGGUGCUUAAACAUUGACUUUGAAGAUAAUGUCCUUCAUAAUCUAUAUGUUAGUAAACAGAAGGAACCAAUAUUGCCAGCAGGAAAGCACUUAACAACUUUAAUCAAUACAAGAUUUUUGUUUACUGUUCUGUGUGGAAAGAUAACUUUUAACUCAGGUUCCUGUUCCAACAAUUAGAGAUAUCAGUACCUUCUGGCUUGAAAAGAGGGGACAUGUGACAUUUUAAUGAACUUAAGUUAUUGGCCAUUGACAAUGAUUAAUUAGUUAAUUAAAUAUGACAGUAUGUUUCAAACUAGCAUGUAAUCAGAGUUGUCAAGAGAAGUAUAAUCUGUUUUUAUUAAUAGGUUGUAGUCAACCCGUCUCACUGCGACAGUUAACCCUUCUAAGAGCUUUGUUUUGACACAGGUUUGUUUUUUUUUUUUUUACCUGUCUUUUAAAUCAACCUAUUUUUUAAAAUGUGGUUCAUUAAGAAAUAAAAGGGUGUUAUGUUUUCAUCAGGAUUUUUUUGUUAUUUAUGAUUAUACAUUCAAAUUGUUUGUAGAUCUGAGGCCUAUCCUGGAAGCACAUAGUUUAAUGUUUCCGAAGUACAUCUGUAGGUAGAUCAUGGGGUAAAGUUUUAUUUGGCCUCUCAGAGAAUUGAAGCCUCCUUGCCUUAGUGACCAGCACACUUCACUAGAAAAUCAGCAGCAAACUUUUGUCACCUUCAGAGCUCUCACGUAAUGAUCAGGGAGUACAAAUGACAGCCUUGCUCUAUACACCAAACUCCACUCAAGGCAAGGCAUUCUUAAGACCAGAGCCUAUGCCCUAGUCUGCGCUAUUGUAAAAUGGAGAAUUGAACAUGGUACCCUCCGGUAAAGGAGACUAAUAAAGUGAAGGUGGCAGACAGAGGAGUCAUGGGAAGAAAACGUGUUCAAUGUUCAUUUAAACAGUUUAGAAACCAUGUUAAGUAUGGGUACAUGGCAGUGAUCAAACAGAAAUCCUCACUCUGUGACACAUGUUCUUGCCGAGAAGACAGUCAAAAACAAAAUAAGGUGAUUUUAUGGUUCAAUUGGGAGAUGAAUGCUAUGGAAAAAAAUGAAAUGAGGGACAGAACCAAACCUUCUCAGGGAUGCUUUCAUCAUAGGCAGGUGUGUUCCUCAGAGGAGGAAGUGUUGGUGAUUCCUGGUUUCUCUGCUUUGUAUCUGUUGAUCUCCAUUUGGAGAGUUCAUCUUCUAUGCCAGGUUCUGUGCUCAGCUCUGUGGAGGACCCUGUUGAGGCCCUGCAUUGCAGCUUUAGGUAGACAAAGGGAACUCACCUGUUUCAGUCAUGGUUUUUCUGACUUACAAGGAGCAGCGGUCAGGUGAAAAGAGCCAGUUUUUAUAAUCAAAUUUCACCAAAUGAUGUGAGCUGCUGUGUCCAAAAACACAAUUGCCACAGGUUCCAGAUAUGUUUUUAGAACUUCUGAAAUCAUUCAGUAAUUGUUUAAAACAUCUGGAUGCUGAUGCUGCACCUAAAAUAGCUGCUUGUUGAGAAACACCCUAUUUAAUACUUCCAAACUCAUUUUAGAAGAAGAUUAAAGAAGUAUCCUAGAGGCUUCUCUCUGAAGUCCCCAGGAUAGCAUCAGCUGUUUGCCUCCCAAAAUAAGACAAUAAAAAGACACAGAGCUCUUGAGAAACAUAUUUUCACCUCUCUGUCUCUAAAACAGGGACAUGUAUUCCUUCUGAUCUCUGCGAUAGGCUUAUGGUGGCUAGGACGCAGGUUGUCACUUGGUGUGUGCCACAUGUGGCCCACCACUUUCCAUCAGAGCCAUGGUGGGGAUUUUUAGUUCCUCACACUUGUCUGUCUUGUCGCCUUUAGGAUAGAGCUGAGUGACCCAGCAAUAAAUAGAAGGUUUAGCUGACUGGAGGAAAUGCGAUACACUUAUUUAUUCCCAUAGGCAGAGCCAAUUGGUCACCCUUUAAAUUGUCUUAUUUGCAUAUGAAAAAGAACAUCAUGGGAUAUCAUUUCUGAAAGCCACCAAACAAAUGUCUGAUAAGGUUAUAUGCCUACAUUACCCCCCCAUCUCACAUUUAACAUCCUUUCAGUGUUUUAGCUAAGUCCAGAAAACAUCCUAUACAUGUGCAUUCUUUGCACAGAAAAUUCUAUCCAAAGUGGAGAAUUGACCUCAGGUCUCAAUAUCCUUUCCCUUUUUGUUGGGCGACUCCAUAAGCACAGUGCUUCCCAAUUCAAAGUGAUGAAGUCAGUUUUGAUAGAGGUUAGUCUGCAUGUCUCUUGAAAAUGAUAAGAAGUAGUUUGAUGUCUGGAGUCCUAAGGUCCCAUUUGGACUAUUGGAAAUAUUUUUUGUUUGAUUUUUUAAAAAGUUAGAUAAUUGAAAUAGUAAAUCUGUGGUAAUACUAGAUCCAGGAAGCUUCCAGUUCUGAAAGAGUAUGAACUUAACCUGAAAAAUGUUUCUCGGUUCUAUAAAUCUCUCAGUGACAUUUGGAUUAAUCAAGUAUAAUUAAAUGUAGUUAGAUUUUUGUCAGAUUGUAGUUCAAAAUAAUAUUCAUCUAUGGAGAGGGUAAUAUAUUCUGUAGAAAUUUUAUUAAGCACUUUAGUUAAGCAAACACUAAGGAGAACAAAAUCAGCCUCAGGAAGGUUAAUUACUAAAAAAACACAAAGUAUAGUAGGUUAUGUAAAUCAUUUUAAUUUUGAAUACCAUGGCUUGAGCUUUAAUUUACAUAGAGAGGUGUUUUGGAUUUGUUUUUCACAUUUAUAUUUUCCAAAAAGAACAGAAUUAAACUUGGCAUUCUUUAAAAAAGUUCUAAUCAUUCUAGGAUUCCAUUAAGUUUGCUUAACUUUUUCCUAUUAUAGUUUCCAAAAGUGAAGAAUUACAGUUGCAUUCUAACUAAUUAUCUUACGAUUCUGUUAAGUCAGUAUAAAUUGUAAGAACUGUAUUUUUAUUUCUGAGAGUUUUAAGAAAAGUAUCAAGCAAGAGAAUGUAUGUGAAAGUAUCAGCCCAUGUAUGACUUUGCAAUAAAUAUUCAUUUAAAAGAAAAAUGUUUAAAAAGGUAAAGCAUAAGAGUUUAGACUAUAAUGAUAAAAUUUUUUAUUUUAGUAAUUUCUUUAAAGGGAGGAGUAAAGAGAUUAAAUUGAUUUUAUAUGUAUAUUUUUUGUACUCAGAGAGUUGCAUUUUCACUCCACUUUCAUGUCUCAGGGAAUAGCCUUUGAUAAGAAUCUCAUGGGAAUCUCUGGAACUGUACCACAGUGUGUUCAAAUUUGAUAGUUGUCUAAAUAUCAGAGCUAAAGUUUCAAAAGUAUUGUUAUUUUAGGAACAUGAGAUUACUCAAGAAACCUGAACUUAACCUUUUUUGUUUUUUAUAAUAAAAGACAUCUACAUUUCCUUUGCCUAGGAGGUAAACAGAAGUCUUUUUAUGACACAUCUCUGAGAUUUUCUUAGAAAACCCCCGUAAUUUGCUUUUGUUUGAUAGUUUGCUUCUUGACUUUUCAGUGAGGAUUGUCUUUUCCAUUGGAACAGACUCCUUUUGGGAUAAUAAACUUACACUUAAACGAAUAUUCUAUCAAGUAAUUCUAACUUCUAUUGACCUAGAAAUGGCUUAUUAAUUUAAAUUCUCUGGAUAACUUUCUUAAGUGGGCCAAAACAGCAUAAAUGUCAAAGAUCACAUAUGUACUAAGCAAGUUUUGCCCUGCAUUUAGCAAGGUAAACAUCAAACUCUGGCAUUUAGGACUGAUUUAACUGCUCUCCAGUUCAUCUUUGCCUUCCAAAAUGAUUGAAAAUGGCAAACUUAGAAUGGAAUGCAUAUUAAUAACAAAGCUACUUAAUGUUUAAAAUAUUCUUACCUUGUUGGGCAUGGUGGCACAUGCCUUUAACCACAGCAAUUUGAGAGGGUGAGGCAGGAAGAUCAUAUGUCUGAGGCCAGCCAUGGUAGCUUAGCAAUACCCUGCCUCAAAAUAAAAAAUAGAAAGGGGCUAGAGAUAUGACUCAGUGGUAGAGCAUCCCUAGGUUCCAUUUCCAGUUACAAAAAAAAAAAAAAAACUUGAUCUUUUUGAGAGAGGGAAUGAAGAAUCUUAACAUUCAUUGCUAACUGUUUUGGCUGUUCAGAUAUGUUAGACAUUAACAAGGAAGUUACAAAAAUUAAAUGUGAUUACAAGUCAAAGGUGUUCACCAUUUUGCCAUGCUAAAUGAUAUGUCACAAAAGGAGUUUGUGAAAUCAGGAUGAAUAUAAAAUGUUGCAUUGUUAAACCAUGCCAUCCAUUUCUCAUAAACUCUACUUUCUUUUUGUCAUUGAACUUUUAUAACUGCCAGAAAGCUCAAUCUGUAUUUUAAAAGGCACAAUGUAUUUUCAGUAAGAUCUGGCUUAUGCCUUAAUCGUUAAAAAUGCUAAGGUUAAUAUCCUACCCAUUUAAUUAGAAUGUUUUAAAAUGUUUACAACUAAAGCCUAUAACUGUAGGGAUUUGAAGACUUGAGACCACCUGCCAUUGAAGAGGGACCAGGCUGACUAUUUUGGGCCUCACUUGCUGAGUCCUCUCAGGAGGCAGGAUUUUCCCAGCUGUUGUAACUAGCAUGAAAAAUAAAAUAGAAGGAACAUUACAAAGUCCUGUAUCUGUUCUUUUUUUCCUUGGAUACCUAUGCAACUCUUCUUGGGGAAGAUACCACAUGAAUUCCUUUGGUAUCUUGUGUUUCACUUUGAAAAAAUUUCUGUUAGAGCUCGUAUGUACUUUUGACAAAUUGUGCAUAUACCUACAAUUUUUUUUUAGAUUAAACAAAAUGUACCUUGACUCUUGAGUGGAUAGCCAAGGCAAGGUUUUCCUAUAAAAUAUAAAGCCUGAGUUAUUUAAAAAUUGCAGUGGACUGAGCUGGGGAUGUAACUCAGUGGUAGAGCACUUGCCUCGCUAGCAUACUUAAGGUCCUGGGUUCAGUCCCCAGCACCACAAUAAAAAAAUUGCAGUGGACUUUAUUCAGUAUUGGAAGAAUUGAGUUCUACUGCUUCUUUCAUUUCUGGUCCAUUCAUUGUUGCAAUCCUGCUUCUUUUUUCUUGUUCUGCACUAGAACUGAAUGCUGUGCUUUAAUUAGAAAUGAGUUGUGCUUGAAUCAGUUCUGGACAACAUGAUACAUUUUUAGAAGAAUGGAAAUACUGCUUUAGCAUCCUGGCUAACCCUAAUCUCUGUAGAGUUCCUUGGGUUAAAAUCAUUUGAGGUCAUAAUUGUUUAAGAUUUAUGUACACACCAUCUGCUGCUCUUAAGUUCACACACUCAGAAAAGUAUGUAAAUGCUUGAAAUUUAAAUAUUUUCCAGGUUUAGAACACAACUUGUAAAUGCCUAGUAAAUGCUCAAACUGAAUAAGAAAGCCAUCAUGGAAUAAAAUAUACCUUUAUGCACAUGUCUAAUGCUACAAAUUAAGUGAAAAGUUUCUUGCUUGGACAGUUUUUCAUCAUAACCCCUUCUAAAAUUGGUGUCCAAAAUGGGAAUUAUUGCUGAUUUGAUAAGAAAAUAAUAUUAAAAUACAUGAAAUAAAUGUUCAUUACAAUAUUUGUACCAGUAAGUUCAAAUCUGACCUGUUCACUUUGUGCCUCUGUCAGCUUAGUUACAGUGAUAAAUGUACGCACAAUAUCCUGUGUUUCCAGGCAACCUUGUGGUUUGUAGACUAAAACCCAGCCCCCCAAGUUCUGUGCUGUUCUGUGGCCUGGCUGGUACACACUGUCAUGAGUGAAGAAUGACUUUGGAUUGGGUCAUUUGUCAUUCCAUGUUCCGUGAAAAAAAGUGUUUUGGUUGUGAUUGUUGGAAAAACAACCAGAAAAGUGUAUGGCUCAGAUAAUGUUCCCUGUAAAUUGUGGAACAAUCUGUAGUGUCCAUCAUAGCCAAACUAGUCCUGGAGCACAUGGACAAUUCUGUACCCCAAUAAUCAGAACAAUAAAAUGGUAGUUGUGAUUCA